UUUAGAAGCUGUCUGCACUACGAGAAAGUUUGCCAGGAAGUUUGACUGACCUCCAAGAUGGGUCAGACAUUCAACAGGGCUGCCCAAUGGACGUCAGCCAAAGAUGGGACAGGGGGAAAGUUGGAGUUCACAAAAAUUAAUGAAGAACUCCUGAACCGUAUUGUACAGUUCAUUGAUGGCUACAGCAGUAAAUUUCCAGCAGAGUCAAAACUUGUGUUCAAAAAACCAUUGAAGUGGCCAUCCUCCCUAAAACCAAACCAGUUUUCAGUAACAGGCUGUUCACAAAGAGGAGAUGACAUGGUGUCAGAUGAGAUGGCAGAUAAGGAGAACCACCUAUUCUCACUCAUGAAGGUUAAUGCCUCGUCCUACGAGUCCAAUGUAAUGAGCCUUGAGUGGGCAGAGAAGGUGUCUCAAACAGCUGGGGAUAGAAAGCUUCAUGAAGUUCGUGCCUGCUUAGAAGCCAACAGAGAUCCAGUAGCCAACAUACUUGGUGACCGCUUCGCCACAGUCGAAGGGGAGGAUAAUUCCAUCUACAGGUUUACUGAAGAGAUCACAAAAGAAAUUGAACAGCUGAGUAAACAAAGCAGUGAUGGAGAGGGAAAUGAAGAUCGUUCAGCAGAGAUUGAAGAGAAAAAAGCUACACUGAAGCUGAAGCUUCAGCUGUCAAAACUGGACCAGGACUUGAUGAACACAAGCAUCUCUCUUAUAUCAAAAGAAGUGCGUCUGAACCCACCUACUGUGGAUGGAGAGGUGCGAAACUUACAAGGGUUGUCUGGCCCCUCGGAGGAAACAUGUGUCUUAAAAAGCAUUGGUUUUUAUGGUCCUACAUUUGUGUUUGAAAAUGGAUGUCGUGCUCCUACCCAUCGCCAGCUCCAUGGUGAUAUUGCCUACAUAGAGGCCCAACCAUUUGAUACUAGUGUUCUUUACAUAAUGGCAAAUACAUCUGGUUAUUACACAUUCAAGGGUCCAGAUGGUUUGGGUGAGAUGCAGUAUGAACGCGAAGGUGAACCCUGUCGUGAAUUGGUUCUUCUCCUCAAACAGAAAAGUCCGAAGUUUGCAGAAAUGAUCGACAACCAGGAUUUCUCACUCAGAGUACGUGAAGAAAAGGAAAAAUUUGUAGAGCAUCGCCAAGAGGACACCAUGGAUGACGAUGUUGAUCAAGCAACCCAGCGAACAGACAUGCAGAGAAGGAGGAAAGAAAUGGAAGAACAGGAGAAAGAAAAACAAACAAAGCAAAAGACACAGAGGAAAAAACGUAUGGAGCCAUCGCUUAAGUGGAAGGCUUUGGGCAUGGAAGAAUACAAAUUGGAAGAUAAUCGAGGAGACCAAGGCAGAAGACUUAAGAAGAAGAAGGUUACACCAAGGAUGAAGUCUAAAACACCGAUAGAUGCAGAGGAUCCAUUCAGUGAGAGCUCAACAGAAAGUGAAGAGGAGGAGGAGGCUGUAGAAAGGAGGAGUGAGACCAAUGCAGACCUCCCCUCAGAGUACUGGCAGAUACAGAAACUUGUCAAGUAUCUCAAGGGAGGUAACCAGACAGCCACCAUCAUUGCCCUGUGCGCUAUGCGUGAUUUCAACCUGGCACAGGAGACUUGUCAGUUGGCCAUCAGAGAUGUUGGAGGACUUGAGGUUCUCAUCAAUCUCCUGGACACAGAGGACAUCAAGUGCAAGAUUGGUUCUCUUAAGAUAUUAAAAGAAAUUUCUCGUAACACUCAAAUACGCCGUGCAAUAGCUGAUCUUGGUGGUCUACAGACCAUGGUCAAGAUUCUGCGUGACCCUGACAAGGAUCUCAAAUGUUUGGCUGCUGAAACUAUUGCCAAUGUAGCCAAAUUCCGCCGUGCAAGACGGACAGUUAGGCAACAUGGAGGAAUAAAGAAAUUGGUAGGCCUGCUGGACUGUGCCUCGCUGACCAGCCAGAUGACCCCAGAGAUAGAGAAGGAUAUUGAGGUGGCACGAUGUGGAGCGCUAGCCUUGUGGAGUUGUAGUAAGAGUAAAAAGAACAAGGAAGCCAUGAGGAAAGCAGGAGCCAUCCCACUUCUUGCUAAACUUCUCAAGUCUGUACAUGAAGACAUGCUGAUCCCAGUCGUCGGCACCCUGCAGGAAUGUGCCUCUGAGCCUAGCUACAGAUUGGCUAUAAGGACAGAGGGAAUGAUUGAAGAUCUGGUGAAGAAUAUCAAGAGUCAGACUGACGAAUUACAAAUGCAUUGUGCUUCAGCAAUAUUCAAGUGUGCAGAAGAGAAAGAGACCCGAGACCUGGUGAGACAGUAUGGCGGUUUGGACCCACUUGUCUCAUUGCUACAGAAGACAGAAAACAAAGAGCUCCUAGCAGCAGCUACUGGAGCUAUCUGGAAAUGUGCCAUAAGUCCAGAAAAUGUACAGCGCUUCCAGGAGCUCAAAGCCAUAGAGAUGCUGGUGGCUCUUUUAAAUGACCAACCAGAAGAGGUGCUAGUGAAUGUAGUAGGAGCACUUGGAGAACUAGCCAAGGACCCACCGAACCGUCUGUCUAUCCGAAAAUCAGGAGGAAUUCCACCACUGGUCAAUCUUCUGACCGGCACAAACCAGGCCCUCCUGGUCAAUGUGACUAAAGCUGUGGGGCAGUGUGCUGAGGAGCAAGAUAAUAUGGGUAUCAUAGAGAAACUGGACGGUGUUAGAUUGUUGUGGUCACUCCUGAAAAACCAGAACACGGAAGUGCAAGCCAGUGCUGCGUGGGCUAUCUGUCCCUGUAUAGAGAAAGCCAAGGAUGCCGGUGAGAUGGUGCGGUCAUUUGUGGGCGGUCUUGAAUUGAUUGUGAGUCUUCUCAAGUCCCAUGAUAAGGAAGUCUUGGCUAGUGUGUGUGCUGCCAUUGCAAACAUAGCCAAAGAUGAAGAGAAUCUAGCUGUUAUCACUGACCACGGUGUGGUACCAAUGCUGGCCAAACUCACAAACACAACAGAUGAUAAACUGCGGCGGACGUUAGCGGAGGCGAUAGCACGGUGUUGUAAUUGGGGCAACAACAGGAUAGCAUUUGGAAGAGAAAAGGCUGUAGCUCCCUUAGUCAGAUACCUUAAGUCCCAAGACGAGAACGUACACAGGUCAACAGCCAGAGCUUUGUUCCAGCUGUCCAAAAAUCCUGAUAACUGUAUCACCAUGCACGAGGCAGGAGUUGUACAGCCCCUGAUGGCUAUGGUGGGAUCAUCCGAUGAAGACCUUCAAGAGUCGGCAGCAGGUUGCAUCAGUAACAUCAGGAGAUUGGCAUUGGCAAAUGAGAAAGCACGAUACUCAUAGCUACGAAAGACAAACGAGUGUAAAUGAACCAAAGUAUAUAAAAGAAAUUCGGGCAGCAAUGGAUAAAAAUAAAUACAUCAGAAUAAGCAAGCCAAAACACGACAGAAGCGAAAAGCUUCAGAACUACUUUCGUAAACCUUUUCGUUAAAGUAACUGAGAGGAACUUCCAAUAUACUGUGAUAAUAAAUGUCGUGUUUGAGAUUCUCCUUUGUUAUAGUCAAUACUUACAACACCUUUCCAGUAAUCAUUUCUCCGUCCUUUAACGUUUGUAAAGUAUUAAAUAUGUUUAAAACUAAAACAAUUCUGGCGCCGUUUUAUUGUGAUUGUUUUAUUGCAUAACUUUAUAUUGUUAUAUUUGUCAGCUACAUUAUUUAUUAGUGAUUUAUAAAGGUCAAUUGAUAUGUGUAGUGAGGUCAUAAGUGUGUUGAUAUGUACGUGUAUGUAUAUGUUUGUUAUCAGUAAUUCUGAUAUUUUCGAUGUUUUUUCUAUUCUUGUUUUUUCAAAUUGUGAAGUUUCUGUCAGUUGCUUUCAUCAAUAAGUACUUUUUAAUAUCAAAUCGAAACAAUGAAAAUGAAUUAGAUGUCAGUGUUAUAAAAGUAUAUAUUUUUCUUAAGCAAAAUUUAAGUUAGGGAUCAUCUGAUGAUGAUUAUGAAACGCUAGCGGAUUUCUUAGAUCAUAUUGAAGACACUGGAACAGUUUAGACGUUAGAAAUGCACAGUGAUAAAAAUGCCAUAAUUUCAACGAUUGGACUAGACGAGAUCACAGAAACCAUGAAGUCGUACUGUCAUUGUUAUCCAAUCAAGCAAUACCAACUCAAGAUAAGUUCGAGGAUCGAAAAUCACAUUCAAUAAUGCAGGGUUGGCACAAGUGGUAAACUAUUUCAGUCUACAAGGAUUUUAUUAUUUAGAACUAUACAUACGGACACCUUGUGAAAUAAA